GGUCGUGUGAUUAUGACUAAAACUGCCUUCCGCCCGGUGUGUUUCGCUGAAUGGUGAUUGGGGGUCCAGCUGCGGGGAUCUGCUCACAUUAUGACGUGGGUGUCAGUGCAGAGGGGUUCCGCCCGCAGCUUGAUGGCGGGGUAAGGUGAUUAUUGAUUGAUGACACCCUGGGUCGACUGUAUCACCACCACUUCUCUACUCUACAAGAACCAUAACUUCUUGAUUCUUUCCUCGUUCAGUCAGUUUAAAAGAUUUAUACUAUCCAAAACCCAAAUACAAAUCUAUUUUUCAGUUCACUCGAGAACAUACAAACCGCAACGAUGGCCCAAGAACGCCGCAUCUCCGUCCUCGACAAAUCCUUCGAGUCCCGCCUCCCCCCCUCCUCCAAAAUGCUCUUCGACGCCAAAGCAGGCCAAUCCCUCUCCUUCGAAGCCAUCGCCAAGCAGCUCGGCCGCAGCGAAGUCGCCGUCGCAGCGCUCUUCUACGGCCAAGCCGCCGCCUCGCAAGAGGACGUCGAGAAGCUUUCCAACCUCCUCGGGAUCCCGUUGCCGACGUUGGAGAGCCAGUUGCUGGGCUUUCCGGAUAGGGGACGCGCGGGGCCGAUGCCGCCCGUGGAACCGCUGAUUUAUAGGUUGUAUGAGAUUGUGCAGAAUUAUGGGUAUGCGUAUAAGGCGGUGCUGAAUGAGAAGUUUGGGGAUGGGAUUAUGAGUGCUAUUGCGUUUGAGACGAAGGUUGAUAAGGAGGUUGAUGAGAGUGGGAAUGCGUGGGCGAUUAUUACGUUGAAGGGGAAGUGGUUGCCGUUCUCCAGGUUUUAAAUUGGGAGGAGGGUUAUGCUGUUAAUGAGAAGACUACGCUUUCACAUGUAUCCUAUUUUUUCUCACGGGUACAGUAGCAGUAAUAAAUGAAG